AUGGUGAACUUAGAAUGGAAUCAUUUCGACCCUAUCCCCCCACUUGAUGGGAGGGCCAAGGGUGCGGCCGAGAAAUUCUACCGGGACCUGCAGCACGCCUAUCCCGAGUUUGUCGCUGAUUUCGAAAACAAAUUCACGGCGUGGCAAGCGAGAUGGUUCGAUCCGGAAAGUCCGGGGGCAGUAAGCGCCCUACAACGUUGCGAAUUGCCCGAGUACGACCCUCUUCUGUUUCUGGGACCCAAGAUCACACCCCUGGUUGUGCAUGAACUAUCCAAGCCGGGCAACUUCAUCGCUACCACUCUAUACAACCACCUCGAAACAGACCCCCAAACCCAAGUCCACCCAGAUGACAUCCUCAACUACCUCACCCUGACCCGACACGCCAACCUCAUCGUCGAGCUCAACUACGAACGCUUCCAGCGCGCCCAAGCCCACCUCAACGCCUGGAAAGCCCGCUGCCACGCUAACCGACAACAACAACAACAACAACAAUCUCCAACCCAGCCCCAAAACCAGACACCACAAAGCCAAACCCUAGCACCACCACCCAUCCCCCUGUCCUCCCCCUCCGCCCAAUCAACCACAGUAGCCCACAGCGGAAUCCUAUCAGGCCUAGGCCUCAACUCCCUAGAGUUAGACCCUGACACCUCCUGCGCCGAGUACGAAGCCCUCGUGCGCAUGGGCCCCGGGAUCGUAGCACAGGUGAUGCUGGAGUAUAACCGGGACCGGACAGGGCCAUGGGGGAAGCUGGUGCAUCAGUUGAUUUGUGAGCGGCCGUUGGAGGAGGGGCAAGAAAAGGAACAGGAGGGGUUCUUAGACUCGGUAAAAGGGCAGGAAGGGAGAAGUGUUGGGGAGGAUCCGGUGAGGAGAGAGAAGAGGUUGUUGAGGCGGUAUGAGAAGUGGAGGGAUUGGUUUGAGUGUCAGGAGCAUCAUGAGGUGGUGGGGGGGUCGACGCCGUCGUAUUUGAAGAAUGUGGCGAGUUGGUCGUGA